AUGGACGGCCCCGAUCAAAUUGGUCCCGAUCAAUCGCCUAAACGUACUUACAAGGAUAAGCUACGGGGUUUCGUCAGAACUUUCACUACUCGUGAGGGCCUCAUUGGCGACUAUGACUAUGCCUACCUGUUCACACCCCGCAUACCCUUCACCAAGCAAACGCGCAAAUCAGCCCCAUUCUUCGGCCUCGAGGAUCGCGUACCAGUUCUCCUCGCAUUACUCCUCGGUUUACAACAUGCUCUGGCCAUGUUGGCUGGUGUCAUUUCACCACCUAUCAUGCUGGGUGGAACAUCCGGCGCCAACUUCGGCGAAGAAGACUACCAAUAUCUUGUUUCAACAUCCCUGAUCGUAUCCGGCCUUCUCAGCGCCCUUCAGAUUGCUCGAUUCCACAUUAAAGGCACGAAAUACUAUAUUGGAACCGGUCUUCUCUCCGUUGUCGGUACCUCCUUCGCUACAAUCACUGUCGCCGAAAAUGCCUUCACCCAAAUGUACAACUCAGGCUACUGUCCCACCGAUGCUAACGGGACUAAACUGCCCUGCCACAAGGGCUAUGGCGCCCUCCUGGGUACUGCCUGCCUCUGUUCGCUCCUUGAAAUCGGUCUCUCCUUCAUGAACAGCGCCGUCCUCGCUCGCGUUUUCCCUCCCUCGUUACCGGUCCCACCGUUCUCCUCAUCGGUGCUUCCUUGA